AUGGCCUGUGGAACAAGGGUGUACCACGGCGUGGCGCUGCUCGGUACGCGCAUCUACGUGGUUGGCGGCUGCACGACGGGUGACACCUACCUGCGCACCGUAGACGGCUUCGACACUGUGACUGGCGAUUGGGAGCGCUGCGACUCAAUGCAUGUGGCGCGCGCCUUCCUCUCUGUCGCUGUGCUUGACGGCCACCUGUACGCCAUCGGUGGACACACCGGAAAGCUUUACGUUAGUGGCGGAAACUCUGGCGGGGACGUGCUCUCCAGCGUGGAGGAGUACACCGUUGAACUAGACUCGUGGGUCCUCGUGAUGUCCAUGCCUAGUCCACGAUCGAACCAUCGGAUGGUGGUGCAUGACGACAGCAUCUACGUCAUCGGAGGGUACGACGGACGCCGCCGCAUCGAUUUAGUGCUGAAAAACGUGGCGAACGUGGUGCGCGAGUGGGAGGAUGUGGCUCCGUUGAGCGUCAGCCGCAGCAGCUUCACUGUUGUCGACUUCAGAGGGGAGAUAUACGUCAUCGGCGGCGUCACCGACGGUGGUUUGACGGCUGUGGUGGAGCACUACUCGUCCGUUUCCAACACGUGGCGCUCCCUGGUGGCUCCGCUCGGCCAGCCGCUCGGCGCUAUGGACGCCUGCGUGGUGGUGGGACUGGGCGCCGCACGGAGGCUGUCUGGCCGCUAA